AUGUCAUUGCAGGGCCCAGCGGACUAUGAAAGCGACAGCCAUGAUGUUGGCCGUUCCCGGAAGAGGCUUCGGACAGCGGGAGAGGUGACGUCUGAGGCGGCAUCAUCCUACAUUGCCGUGAGAGGCACAACUGAAGCCACCCCAACCAACCCCCGAAGAGCACCCAAGGCGAGUCGGGCAUGUGAUACUUGCAAGGCCAAAAAGGCGCGGUGCAGCGGCACUAUGCCCUGCACGCGCUGUGCCGAGAGAGGCCUGGCCUGCCUCUAUGACGCACGGUAUUCACGCGGCCGUCCCCCUACUCCUCCGCCCGGUCCCUCUCCAACGCCUCCUCCUACACAGACAAUCCUCCGGGCCGCAUUGCAAACAACUACACAGUUGGCUCCAUGCCCCCAUGGCUCCGACUCGGUUCCGGUCAGGUCUGCCGCCACUCCAAGUCCAUCCGCCGGCCGGUCGGUGGCGGCAUCUCAAAAUAUCGACAUGACGCCCACGCAGGCAGAGCCCGUUAGUGGUAUCGAAACCUCUAACAAUCCCGACCCCUCCGGUAUCCCGCCUCAACACCCUGUUACUCUCGAUCCUACAGCAUCGGAAUCUGUCACCAGGCGUGGGUCUCCCGAACUUUAUCCAGCCGAGAUUGGCGGCCAAUACGUAGAGCAGACGUCUGGGCUGGCCUUCCUGCACCGUGCACACGUCCGUAUGCUCUCAAAGGGUGGGAGAGCCGAGGUGGAUGGCGCCACCUCCAGUUUCGUGGCGGGGACUUCAUCUGCAGAGGGUCUUCAUCCCAGCUACGGCGUACAAGCUGGAUCAGGCUUCCAACUUCUAAUGACCGCCGGUGACAAGCCGAUUCUGUCGUCACCCUCCUUGCCAGAAUCGACGACUUUGGCCCUGCCGCAAGGGGCGUCAUCACUGAUGGCUUUCUACUUUGAUAAAUGUGUUGUUACUUACCGGAUCUUGCACCGGCAAAGCGUUGAAGGGUGGCUUAGAGCCAUGCAACAAGAAAUUCAGGAGCGGUCCAACAUGUCGGAACCCAUGCCGUCCAGCGGUCUCUCGUUGCCUCCGCCUGCCGUCGGUGGGGCCAAGGCGGCCGUCGUCCUGGCAGUUUUGGCGAUAGCAAUCCAGAAGCGGGCGCGAAUGUCGCUACAUGGCACUCCCGGGCGCGAUGGAACGUGUGACGAGGAUGAGGUCCUCCGCGACUUUUCAAUGGCCCAAGGUCUGGUACAGGCAGAGACCGGACUCCCGAAGCUAGAGUCUGCCCAGGCUCGACUUCUUCAAGUCUUGUACCUCCUCCAAACCUCACGCGUCAACCAGGCCUGGUAUCUUCUCGGCACCGUGUCACAGAUCGUCUCCGCUAUGGGCCUUCACCGAAAGCCAAGCCGGAACAGUAGACCAGCGGCCCAGCGUGUCCGCGCAGACUAUAUACAGCAGCAGUGCCGUCGCCGAACCUUUUGGGUCCUCUACACCAUCGACGUUUACCUCAGCGUCGUGCUCGGCCGGCCGCGAUACCUCCACGACGACAACAUCGACCAGGAGUACCCCGACUCGGUCGCCGAUGAGGACAUGACGCCCGACGGGGAACGGAACAAGGGGCCUACGAGCAUGGUUCACGACACCGAAGGCGACGACAGCCCCAUGGAGGCGGUGGUUCAGCACGCCAAGCUGGGGCGCAUCAUAGCCGCCACCUGCCGCGAGGUGUACGCCAUCGGGCCGAUACCGUCUCGCCGAGACCGUCUGCGCCUCGCGUUGGGAUUUGACGCUCGCCUGCACGAGUGGCGCGCCUCCCUCCCGCCGCUCUUGGGCGCCGUGAGGCCCUCGAGCCUGGUCCCCAGCUUCCGUCGGCAGGCCGUCGCGCUGCGGCUGGCCCACGCGCAUGCCAUCAUGCACGCGACUCGGCCGUUCCUUCUGCUCAGCCGCGGUGGCGGUGGCGGGACCGACGGAAGAACGCGGCCGGAACAGGAGCAGCGGAGGGAGAUGGUGUCCAAGUGCCUCCGGGCGGCGGGCACGGUUCUGGAGCUGGUCGAUUCGAUCGCGGGCGACGAGUCGCUGUUUCAUGCGUUUUGGUGGAGCCACUAUGUCACGUUCUGCGCCAUCGCCGUCACGUUCGUCUGGGAGAUCCAGCAGGCCUCGUCUCCGAGCUCCAGAUCUGACGGGACCAGCCCUGGCCCGCUGGAACCCGCAGCCGCAGAGCAGCUCUUUGCGCUGGCUGAAAGGUGUCAUGCCCACCUAUCCAGUGUUUUGUUUGCGGAUUCGUUUGGGCGCAGGUACACCGUCAUUCUUGAAGAGCUUAGGCUCGAGGCUAGAUAUCAAUCGGCUAAAAACACGCCGAUGGCAGCUGGCAUGAACGGAGAAGCGGCAGCGACCUCGCAAAGAGAUUCUGCUGCGGGUGAUGAUAUGGACACCUUACCGAUCAGCAGUGUAGACUGCGAUACGGGUAGAAGUGAUGAGCAGGGCUUGGCUGGUGGCUUCAACGACUGGGCGCCGAUUGAUUGGUUAGAGCUGGAUGCCGCACUCACCUGGCAGGACGCUAUUUAUCCCCAGUACACGUCCAAAACCGUCCUUGGCAACGCUUUGGUUGAAAUAAUCGCAAGCGGCUUUGCUCGCCCCGUAAGCAUACCCACCCAUGCCGGUCGUCAGCGCGGCGAUGCUGGCGACGUUGACGAUGGCCGGGUUGCUGACCUUCUCCAUCUUCAACAUUGCCCGGACUUAGGCCCUGGUGCAAUGCAUUACACCGUCGGUGUUGACGCGAAAGAUGCGUCGCCACGCCUCGUCCGUAAGGCGGACGAGAACCGGUUCCCCGCCGCCCCAUCGGCAGGACCGGAUCCACGAUGCCGGCCGCGUUAG